AGUAUUGAGGGAUUGCAUUGCCCUCUGCAGUAGGACACAUGAUUCACUCAGAGGGAAAGAGGAAAUGAGUCAUUGUUCUUUAACUUUCGGUUUGUUUAGCUGAAGUGACAUCAAUGCAUGCUAAAACUGAAGUUCAAAUGCAGUGAGUCGGUGAAGGACAAUGGCAUCUGUUGAGCAGCAUUGUGACACACUAGUUUCGCAGGAAGAAGAAAAAGGUGAAACACAAGCAAGUCCACAUGAGCAGCAGUACUCACACUGGAGUCAGUGUUGAUCUGAAUGCUGAGAUGGGAGCAACUGUAAAUGCUACUGUACUCAGUGGAAACACCAUCACAGGCCCAGUGACCAUCAACUACAACACUGCAGGAAAUGAGACACAAAAAAUCUCAGAGACCGAGAUGGCAGAGAAACACACAGAACAACAAGAUAUGAUUCUGAAAAUUUUUUUGGAAACUCACAAAUCCACCAUGAAGAGUAAAGCACAAUGUAUUUUUGAGGGCAAAGAAGAAAAUGAAGUAGAUCUCAAGGCUGUUUACACAGAAAUCUUCAUCACAGAGGGAGAUAUGAAAGAUGUCAACCAGGAACGUGAGAUUUUGAAGAUUGAUUACGCUUUCAACAACAAAGUACCACAGGACAAACCAAUCAAAUGCAAUGAUAUAUUUACUGAACUGAGAAAAAAAAAUGAGAAAAAGAUUGUGCUGACCAAGGGCAUCGCUGGCAUUGGAAAAACAAUCUCUGUGCACAAGUUCAUCCUGGACUGGGCAGAAGGAAAAGCCAAUCAGGAUGUAGACUGUGUGUUCCUGCUUUUAUUCAGAGAGAUAAACAUUAUGGUGAAUGAAGAUGUCAGUUUUCACGAGCUUCUGCUGCUAUUUUAUCCUGAACUGAAGGACCUGGAGAAAACAAAGCUAUAUAAGGAAUGCAAUCUAGCAUUUAUAUUUGACGGACUUGAUGAGAGACAUCAACUUUUGAAGUUUAAAAGUAUACCAUCAACAAAAUUCCCUGUUGAGAGAAAAUCAUCUGUAGACGUGCUGUUUAUGAAUCUGGUCAAAGGGAAUCUGCUUCCAUCAGCUCUUGUCUGGGUGACCUCACGACCAGCAGCAGCCAAUCAAAUCCCUCGUCAAUACGUAGGUUUGUUCACAGAGGUGCGAGGAUUCACUGACCAGCAUAAGGAGGAGUACUUCAGGAAGAGAAUCACAGAUGAGACUGUGGCCUCCAGAAUCAUCUCACACAUUAAAACGUCUCGUAGUCUCUACAUAAUGUGCCACAUUCCAGUGUUCUGCUGGAUCACAGCCACAGUACUUCAGAAUAUUCUCACUGAGAACAGUGCAGAGAAUAUCAGCACAACACUCACUGAAAUGUACAUUCACUUCAUGCUGAUACAGAUGAACAUGAAGAACCAGAAAUAUGAUGAAGAAGAAGAAACAGAAUGUGCAAAGCACUUACAAUUAAAUAGACCGAUGAUUUUGAAGUUAACCAAGCUAGCGUUUGAACAGCUGAAGAAUAAACAAAUUGUGUUCCAUGAGAAAGAUUUGAAAGCAUGUGGUAUUGAUGUAAGUAAAGACACUGAGUUCACAGGAAUGAUCGCAGAGAUCCUUAAGAAGGAAAAAGUAAUUCAUUACAAGAAGGUGUUCAGCUUUGUGCAUCUGAGUGUUCAAGAGUUCCUCGCUGCAGUGCAUGUGUUCAUCUGUUACCUGAACAAGAACAUGCAGGAGCUUCAGUUUUUCUUUGAUGAGCCACAAGAAAGUAUUACAUUGCAGGAGCUACUGCAGAAGGCUAUGGUUAAAGCCAUAAUGAAUAAGGAAGGACAUCUGGACCUGUUUCUGCGGUUUCUGAUGGGCAUUACACUGGAAUCCAGUCAAGACCUGCUCCAAGGUCUGAUCACACACACUGAAGACACCACAGAGAGCAUCAGACAAACAACUAAAUACAUUAAACAAGUACAAGAUGGCUACUCUAUCUCAGAUGAAGCUUCAGUCAACCUGUUUUACUGCUUACUUGAGCUCAAAGAUAAUUCACUAUAUGAGGAAAUUCAGAGAUAUGUCAGUUCAAAUGAACAUCAAGAAAGAAAACUCUCAUCUUCAAAGUGCACAGUGCUAACCUACAUACUGCUGAUGUCGGAGAAGGUGCUGGAUGAGUUCAACCCAAAGAGGUUCACAUCAUCACAAGAAAAUUACAAGAGAUUCGUUCCAGCUGUGAGAUGCUGCAUGAAAGCCCUAUUUGACAGCUGUGGCCUUGAUGAAACAUGCUGUGAAACUGUAUCUUCUGCUCUCCAAACAUCAAACUCCCAUCUGACAGAACUGGAUCUGAGUAGCAAUAACCUGAAGGAUUCAGGAGUGAAGCUGCUUUAUGAUGGACUAAAGAGCUCACACUGUCGACUGAACAUACUGAGGCUAUGUGGCUGUAAUCUCACUGUUCAGUCCUGCGAAAGUUUGUCUUCAGCUCUACAAUCCUCAAACACUGUCCUGAGAGAGCUGGACCUGAAUAACAAUGACCUGAAGGAUUCUGGAGUGAAGCUUCUCUCUGAUGGACUGAAGAGUCCAGUCUGUAAACUGGAGAUACUGAGGUUUGAUUUCAAACUUUAUUUUAUUUUUAUAUUUUUUUAUUUUUAUUUUUUGCAUCAACUUAAUCAUUAAAAAUCACAUUGCUUAGAUUUAUUCUGUAUGCAGUUACUGUGUUUUUCUUGCUCAGAUUUUCCAUAUGUAAUCUCACUGCUCAAUCUUGUGAGAGUUUGUCAUCAGUUUUACAAUGCUCAACCUCCUGUCUGAGAGAACUGGACCUGAGUAACAAUGACUUGACAGAUUCAGGUGUGAAGCUCCUUUCUGAUGGACUGAAGAAAAACUGUAAUCUGGAGAUACUGAGGUUGUCUGGUUGUAUGGUGACGGAGGAAGGCUGUGGUUAUUUGUCUUCAGCUUUGAGUUCAAACCCCUCACAUCUGAGAAAGCUGGAUCUGAGCUACAAUCACCCAGGGGAUUCUGGAGUCAAGCUGCUGAACAAUCCAAACUGCACACUGGACAAAAACGUGGAUAAUGGAGGAGAAUCCAGGAUUACAGCAGGACUGAAGAAAUAUGCCUGUUUUCUCACACUGGAUCCAAACACAGCAAACAAUGAAUUCAUUCUAUCUGAGGAGAACAGGAAGGUGAUGUACGUGGAAAAACACCAGUCAUACCCUGAUCAUCCAGAUAGAUUUGAUGUGUACCAGGUUCUGUGUAGAGAGAGUCUGACCGGACGCUGUUACUGGGAGGCUGAAUGGAGUGGAGUUGAGGCUGUUAUAUCAGUGACAUAUAAAGGAAUCAGCAGGAAAGGACAGGGUCGUGACUGUAUGCUUGGACGCAAUAAAAUCUCCUGGAGCCUGUUGUGCACGGAAGCCAAGUUCACUGCCCGUCAUAAUUAUAGUUCAAUUGAUAUAUCUCUUCCUUCACACUCUUCUAAUAGAGUAGGAGUGUAUCUCGACGUGUCAGCCGACAUUUUGUCCUUCUACAGUGUCUCUGACACACACACACUCACACACUUACACACAUUCAACACCACAUUCACAGAGUCUCUCUAUGCUGGAUUUGGGGUUUAUUAUUUCAACUCCUCAGUGUCUCUAUGUGAUAUUAGUAGCCUCUAUAAAGAGCCUCCUGUUAGAAACUAAAGAGAUACACACAUAACCGGGUUAGUUAUCACAGUUAUCUUUGGUUUCAUGUGUACAUAAACCUCUACUCGUCUCUGUCUCUUUAUCUGACACACAUGUAAUAAACUUGACUGAACGCCAUGUAUGUCAAUAACUACUGAGCUCCAGUCGAACCUUAACUGUUAGCACCCUCACCAGUUAAGCCAACACAUAUAUUACAUCUCCCCUUUCCCCCGAUGGUUACAUAGUAACAAAAACAUAACAGGAAUCAGUAAUUCAGCAUAACUGGGGACAGCCAUUACUAACAUUUAAGGAGUACCAGCACAUUACAGUAAACAGUCAUUUAAUGUGCAUUACUAAAGAGUCUUAGUUCAUAAAUCUAAUCUCAUUGGUGGUUUAUCCAAACUCUUUUAGGAUAUCUCGCUUCUGUGAUGCUGGGCUCCGUCACAUUGGACUGGACAUUAACACUGGGCUCUGUGACCCUGUACUGGGUAUUUAUAUGCUGUUUUGUUUUGAGCUGGUUGCUUUUGAGUUGUCUGUGUAUGUCCAUCAUGCAUUGUGGAGUAAGCAACAUCUGAGUCCUACGCCCCAUGAAAAUUUGUGCCAGACCUUCCCAAAAACUAUAACCCAGAAUCACAAACACAUUGUAAACCUCAGAUUUGAUAAUUAAAGGUGUAUGCUAAUGAAUUCCAAUCAAGAGUGCAAAUUAUAUAGUUUACUUAUCUUCAGUUAAUAUAAUCCCUGCCCAUGAAUUUCAACUAUGUGAAUAACAUGUAAUGUUGUGGAAUGUUUGGACUCUUUUCUCAGGUUUGGCUGCAGUAUAUUGUAUUAAUGCAAAAGAGACAAACUGAUCAUGUGCCUAAAACAAUUAUUGUUCAAUGAAAGUGUUACUACUGGAUACAUUUUUUGUACUAAAAUUUUAAAAAUGUUCACCUUAAUAAAUCUGAAAACU